CCUGCUCAAACACACCUCCCCUCCGCACAGGCAGACCGGGGCGAGUGCGGUGAUUCGGUUUCAGAGUUCAGCAGCACGCGCCUCUCAGGUCCUCUGAAGGGUGUCAUUACUGGCUUCUUCUAGGGCCGCGGUAGCCUAUAAAAAAAAAAGAGAAUGGACAUUUCCGGGAAAACUUUUUAAAAAGGGCCUUGAAUUGAUUUUUCUUCGGCCGGAGGCACACCUCGCUUGUGCUGAGGAGGCAUACCUGUGAGGACUUGUCCGCAGCCCGUUAGCUAGCCCAAAGGACUCACGUGGGGGAGUCGAGUCCGAGGAGACACACCUUAGCUGCCUUUUGGGGUUGUACGGCGCCCUCACCCAUCUCUCUCUAUCUCUCUCCCACCCUCCCUCCCUCGCUUUAUCUCGCUCUAAAAGCGGAGGAAUCUGAAAACUGAAAUGUCGUCAAAUGAGAGAGCAACGCGAGCAUUGAGGGAGAUCCUGCAAAACCCUGAAAAUGACGCUUGCGCAGACUGCGGCGCCCCAGAUCCCGGGUGGGGCUCCUGCUCCCUGGGGGUGUUCAUCUGCUUGGCCUGCUCUGGGAUCCACCGCAACAUCCCCGCCAUCAGCAAGGUCAAGUCUCUGACCCUUUCCCACUGGGAGGACCACGAGGUGCAGUUCAUGGCGGAGAAUGGUAACGAGCUGAUGAAGAGGAAAUAUGAGGCCGCAGUUCCGGUUUACUACUACAAACCAACCCACAAAGAUGGCCAGACGUUGAGGGAGCAGUGGAUUCGAGCAAAGUACGAGAGGAAGGAGUUCUCUGAGCCUGGGAAGAGGUUGAUAUAUGAGGAAGGAACUAAAGAUGGCAUGUUGAUGAAGAAGGGGCGGGACAACGGGCAGUUCCUCAGCAGGCGAUUCAUCCUCUCAGAGAGGGAGGGGACUCUGAAGUAUUUGACCAAAUUUGACGCUAAGGAGCCCAAAGCAGUAAUUAAGGUGGACACCAUCAACGCAACCUUCCAACCUGAGAAGAUAGGAAACCCCAACGGCCUGCAGAUCACCUACCUCAAAGACUACAGCACCCGCAACAUCUUCAUCUACCACGAUAGCGGAAAGGAGAUCGUAGACUGGUUUAAUACAAUCCGUGCAGUUCAGCUUCACUAUUUAAAGGUGGCCUUUCCUGGGGCUUCAGAUGCUGAGCUGGUUCCCAAACUAACCCGGAACUUUCUAAAGGAAGGAUACAUGGAAAAGACAGGUCCCAGGCACACAGAAGGCUUCAAGAAACGCUGGUUCACUCUCGACCAGAGGCGACUCAUGUACUUCAAAGACCUGCUGGACGCCUUUGCCAAAGGUGAAGUGUUUUUGGGGUACAGGGACCACGGUUACAGUGCCUCCCCCGGCUUGCCCGCUGGCACCCACUGCAACGGCGCCUGGCAACAUGGCAUCACCAUAGAAACUCCUGAUCGCGGCUUCCUGUUUACUUGCGAGUCAGAGAGUGAGCAGAAGGAUUGGCUGAAACACUUCAAUGCGGUCAUAAACACUGUGAUGUCCCCUCAGGAGUACACAAUGGAAGCCUUGUUCAGGCACAGGCAUUGAUGGACCAGAGGCCAGUGGGACCAUCUCCUCUCAUCCCAUCACCAAUCUGCCACAGGAGGACCCACCAUCAGUCCUGCCACUGAGCACCAGCCUUCAGCCUUUAUCACUGAUAUGGUCAGAUUGGAGCUUGUUCCAAGUUCCAACGGUGCUCUUUGUUAAAG